AGAUUUAAAGUUGGUUAAAGGUGUUAGACAUCGCUUAACACCUGAGACCAGAUAUUGUAUAUCAGACACGUCCUUCGUGACGUUGGUUAAAGGUGUUAGAGGUUCGAAAACUACGUCUCAAGUAGAAUGCCUAACGCUUGAUACUAACGAUGGUUAA